AUGAAGAGGAGAUGUCGUACAGGCUGUUUAACGUGUCGACGGCGCAGAAAAAAGUGCGACGAGUCUUCAUAUCCCAGUUGCAAGAACUGCUCGUCUAAUCUGCUAUCGUGCAAAUGGCCAGAAAGUGUAACUGAAGCCCGAAAAAAAGAAAUUGCAAGCUUUCAAAGCGUUUUGAAUUCUUUAAACGUUCCGCACUUGGCCACUGGGCCAGGAAUAAGUGAUCAGCAUGAUCAGCAAGACCAGCCGCCAAACGGUCCUAAUGAGUCACCGAGAAUUUUAGAUGACGAAGAUUUGCUUCUUCUACGACAAAGUGAAACCACCGGCGAUAAUUCUUCGAGUCAUGCAACUCCUUUGCUGGAAUCAAAGGGACUGAAUUAUUUUUUGCAGAUGAUAGCUAUGCAGCAAGAUUGUGUGGAUGAAGAAAUAGAGCCUGUCAAAACUCCAACCCCAGAAUACAAAAAUAAAAUCAGAUCGAGAAUUUGGAAUCAAGUUGAGGUUGUUGACGACCUGGAACUCCCGCUGCUAUUCAAUGCUUCACCCAGCAUCUUCUUGACCAAAAGUCCAAGCCCAAUAAGUCCGCAUCAUUGA